GGUUUAAUGGCUUCAAGAUCAACGUGAAAACAAUUUGUUAUGUACUUGAUUAAUAUGCAAAAUGUGUUGUCAUUGAAUCAUCACAGUUUUGCCAAGCACCAUUAAUCGGAAUCUCAAACAGGAACGCAAAAUAUACUGUAGUGUUCAAUGAAAUCGUUUGGUUUUCUCAAUUUCCUGUUUUUCUAUCUGCUAUGGCAAACUUGACCUACGAUUUUUCAAUGCAAUUGAUAAUGCAAUCGAACUAUAUUUACCUACUAUAGAAAUUUAUUACAGAGAAGCAUUAACAAAUCUCUAUAAUGUAGAUUGGUAGGAACAAGGAACGAGACUAGAUCAUGAAGCUUUAUAUGUUUUGCGUUUUAUUAUUAAGCUGUGAUCGCUUCUUUUCCAAUGGCCAAAGCAAUAAUUUGGAAACUGUCUUCAACAAAGCUGAAGGAAUUGUUGCCAAUCUUAAAACGCAGCUGGAAGAGCUAAAACAGAGCUACAUUGAGUUGGCACCACAGAAAGAACAUUAUGAGGUGGUUAAUCCCUCCUCCUGUCUGGCUGCUGGAAUUAACACAAACGGCAUCCAUGUCAUUGAAGUGCCUGGCCUGGAGCCCUUUUCGGUUUCCUGUGACACUCGACUGGCGGGAUCUGGAUGGACGGUCAUUCAGCGUCGUCAAGAUGGAAAUGAAAACUUCUACCGCAGUUGGGAGGAGUAUACCCAAGGAUUUGGCGAUCUCAACGGAGAAUUUUUUCUGGGCUUGGAGAAACUACAUUUUCUUACUGCUGCCGAACCCUACGAGCUCUAUGUCUAUAUGAUGGAUUUUGAUGGGGAAAUUCACGACGCCCUCUACGAUGAUUUUGCCAUUGGCAAUGCUUCCGAGUCCUAUGCGCUUUCGGUUUUGGGUAAGUACUCAGGAGAUGCUGGCGACUCCUUGAAGUACCACAAGGGCAAACCCUUCUCCACGUUUGAUCACGAUGUCUUGGGUCACGGAUGUGCCAGGAUGUACGUGGGCGCCUGGUGGUACGACCAGUGUCAGAGGAGUAAUCUUAAUGGUCAAUACUUGGAGGGUGGCAGAUUUGAGCCCAAGCUCUCGGGACGCGGGAUCACCUGGAUGAGCUGGCGUGGCUACGAUUACGGAUACAAAUUCACACAAAUGAUGAUCAGACCCAAGUGUUCGAACAACCUACAAAGGCAACGCAUGCAAAAUGCCUUCAACGCUCAUUGAAUUCCACACGAAAUCGUUUUAUUUCUUGAUAAACACUAUCAACAUUUCGGGGCUUUAUUUACGUUUUGAUAAAAA